AUGGACAAGCCGCAAAUGAUGAAUGCUGAUCAAACUGCUCCCGAAGAAUUAGCUGCACAACCAGUUCAACUACCGACACAUCCAUCCGAAAUAGCGGACCUUCCACCACCCAAUAUCGUCCCCGAUGGUGUCUCACCACCAGUCCGCCAUCCACUCGAUCCAUUAACAGCGGGUAAGCAAUUUACUCUUCGUAUGUGGAACAAUCAUGAAUGUAUUUCUCUUCAGAUAAGAUCAAUCUGA